AUUAAUCCAAUCAGCAUUCCGUUAAGUCAUUUUUCCAAAAUAAAAUUAAAUAUGGGGAAAGUCUUUCUUCCCCUCAAACUGCCGCCUUUUCUCGGUCUUUCUCUCCGGCGAGUCGCCGACAAUCCAGCAUCACUGACUUGCAUUGUGAGCACCACUCCUAACGGCUUCGUCUAGGCUUUCGAACCAUCGUUUCUUCUCCGUUUGAGACUCCAGCGUGAACAACAAGUUGUGCAACACGUUUUCGACGACUAGGUGUUUUGCAGCAGCGCUUUUCUAAUUUAGGAGAGCUUCAAAUUAGCGGACCCAUAACGUAGUUCGCACGUUUUCGGACAUCAACUAGAAGGAUUAGAGCCUUUUCGGUAACAUUCGGCUUUCUGAAAGUUGAUGUUUGUCCAAGGAGUGGAUUUUGGAAUUGGGAAUCAUUGGAUUGUUGAUCGAGGUGCUUCGGUUGAAAUUUCUUCAAAGGUUUUGAUAUAAAGAUUCUUUAAUGGAGGAAGUCCCGAAGUUAGUUGAAUCAAAACUAUUGUUUCCACCUCACCGUCGAAUGAGCGAGACUUACCAUACACUGGUACGAAUCCUUUCGCCCUUUUGCGAGAAUGCGGACGUCUCUCUGGCAACUGAAUUUGAUCCUCAACAAUUAAGAGCUGCUUAUUGCAGCAACAUGAGGCAGGCAACUGUAGAACCAUCAUGCCAGGAAGUCAUUAAAGAUUCUGUGAGAGUAGAAACUGGAGAUUUGCCUAUAGAAAAGGCGUCAGUGGUUGAAGAUAAAAGUGCCCAGGAUUCUAAAGUCAUGGAUUUCAUAAAAGAUAUGCCAAUAGUUGAAAGAAGAGAUAAUGUGAGUGAUCAAAGGAGAACUCUCGAGGCUAGGUCUGAAGAUAAUCAUUGUGUUUAUGAGGAAAAUCAAACAAACGAGGCAGAGGCAGAGCAUAUCGUGGAAGGAAAUAUGAUGCUUGUUGAUGACAACAGUUGUAGCAACGUGAGGACUUCAAUUCAGACAAAUGGUGGAAAUGAUCAAAUAUCGCCUGAAAAUCUUCAGGAAGAAAUUGUUGAACAUCAACAAGUUAUGGAGGAAGAAGAUGCUGUAAGCAUAGUUCCGAAACCUUCUGGGACCUUAUUGUCACUAGAUGGCCACAUGAUUCAGGAAGCUUCUAAACAGGAGGAGGAAAACCAAGAAAACAUACUUUCAAUUGUAGAUAAGGACAUGCAAAAAUUGAGUGAAAGUCAUCCAAAAGAAUUAAAAUCUGAGAGCAUAGUUUGCAAGCCUGAUUUAGAGAGGGAAAAAUCUUACAUUUCUAGUAUUGUUGAGGUCAUGGAUGUGGACGACAAAGAACAAUGUAGUGAAAAUGAUUUUGGGACAAAUCCUUCAUCUAUGGAUAAAGAGAUACCUCGUGGGAUUUAUGAACAGUGUAAGAAUAGCGAAGAUAAAGCUAUUACCGUGGACAUUGUUACCUCCAAAGUAGAGCACACAAUGCUGCCUGAAGCUAUAGAAAUGGACAAAUAUAUGACUGAAAAUGGAGACAUCGAGGAGGGCGAAAUUUGUGGUGAAACAAAUGAAAUUUCAGAAGAUCCAGCUGUUUUAACUGAGAAGGUUUUUGGUAUUCAAAUUUCAAAAGAGACAAUGAAUAGAAGUAAGCUACCUUUGAUUCAAGCUAACGGAGAAGCAAACAAGCCUGUUUCCUUUUUCUUUGACAAAGCCGUGUAUGCAAGUCAUGAGAAUAGAGAAGAAUUCAAAUCCAAACAAGACAAAAGUAGCAUGGAUGCGUGUAAAUAUAAAAGCAUUGUUUCAGAAAACAGGGUGACCAGUACAAAUGAAGAUGAGAGUGAUUUUAUCUUAGAAGAAAGAGGAUAUACUGGAAAGGACAGUGGAAUAAAAAAGGAUGUAGAUUCUUUUACAGCCCGUUUUAGUAAUCAAGUCCUUUGCAGCCAAAUUCCAGAAGAAUAUGCCACUGGAAGGAAACUAACUGUAUCUGUAGAAAAGGAAACUGGGGCUGGCAAUAAGAAAAAACGUGGUUCAUUAUCAGAAGGGAAAAAAGAAAGGAAAAAGAUACAAAAAAGGAAAAAGCGGGCUGAGAAGAACAGAAAAGCUGGUGUCAAAAGGUUGAAGCUACAUCCAGUAACAGUGCCGAAACCCGUAGUAUACUGUCGUCAUUAUGUUAAGGGGAGGUGCCAAGAGGGUGACAAGUGUAAAUUUUCUCAUGAUACAACUCCGUUGACGAAAUCCACCCCAUGUAGUUAUUUUGCACGCCAUUCAUGUAUGAAAGGUGGUGACUGUCCAUUUGAUCAUCAGUUGUCCAAGUAUUCUUGUACCAAUUUUGUUUCCAACGGUUCAUGCCCUAGAGGGGAUACUUGUAUGUUUUCACACAAGAUUUUGCCACAAGAGUCAACUAGUACACCGAAUUUGAAAACCGAAUCCAAACCCCCAGGAAUAACAGAUAGUUUGGACACUCAAAAGCAAUCAAAUAUGAGUGGUCGCCUUAAGCAAAUUCUUGUUAAUGUACCCAACUCCACAGGAACUUCUUGCAAUAGAACUCCACUGGGAGGAGCUCUGCUGAAGAAAAUGACUGGACCACCGCCUAAUGGAAUUAAGUUUCUCUCUUUUGGGAAGUCAUCGGACAUUUCUUCUCAGGUGAAGAAUGAUAAUGUGGAAUGUGGAAAUGUGUUAGCUCAAAGCGGGGUUUGUUCGGUAGAAAAAUCAAAUGAAAGCUUGGGGAAGAUUCAGCUGAACACAGCACCAAAGGGGAUAAAUUUUUUAUCGUUUGGUAAAACUUUAUUACACUCUAACCGUGAGAACUUAGCUACUCCUUCAAGCGACAAUGGGGAUUCUAUCUCAUCUGGUAAUCUGAUUCAAGAUGUUUCCAAAACUGGUCAUGAUUCCAAUGAGCCACUGAAGAAAGUGCAAAUGACAACACCCAAACAGACGAACUUCUUGUCUCCCAUUGGAAAUUAUGCUUCUAACGAAAUGGUUAGCUCGUCUUCCAACUUGAAAGCAGGUACUGAUUUAUUUGUACAGAAUAAGGGAAAUGUGUGGGAUAAGCAUGAAGGCUUAAGUGCAGUAUUAUUGAGGCCUCCAGGUACACCAAUUUCUUCAGGUCAAUUUUCUGAUAUCUUAGCUUCUAGCAUUAGUAAAGGAACACCAAAAUCAGCUCAGAAGGCACUAUUGUCAACAUUGGCAUUUGCUGCAAAACAUGAUUCCUUCAUGAAUAAAGGUAAAUCUAGUGCUUUUCCUUCCCUCGGUAACGGAGGUAGCAAGGAUAGUGGGAAUGAGAAUAUUUGUGGAAGUUUGAAGAAUGAUCAAGCUAAGGCUUCAAAACUUAUAGAUAUCUUGUAUAGCAUUGGAUCUAAAUCUAAUGUAAUAUGAAUGCUGGUUGGUUUCUGUUAACUUAUCACCGAGAAAAUUGGAUCAAGCAGCCAAAUCAGGUAUUGCAUCUCAUAGGUUUGAUGAAAUUAUACUGUAUGAAGAGAAACCAUUGCGUUUGGUAUACCCUCUUAGAACUGAAGAACACUAUUGUACAACUUUUAAGACAGGUCCUGUUCAAGUAGGGUUGCGAGCUCGGUAUGGCUUCUUGUGCUGUCGUUUUAUGGUUCUGCAAUCAGAAGGAGCUCUCAAAUAUUUGAAAGGUGGUGUAGAAUAGGCAAUUCCCGGUGGGAUUUAAGCUUGAAUUCUUGUUUGCCACUUAUCCCUUAAAUUUUUUUGUCUUGGCAAAGACAUCUCCACAUGAUUAACAAAGAACAGCCACUUCUUGAAAAAGCAAUUAGGUCAGAUAUCGAAUUGUAUCCAGGAAAAUGCUUGAAGAAGAAGCCGAAGAAAAGAUGGAAGAAUGCCAAGCCAUCCAAUCAAUAAGACUAAAAAUUUUGAAGGUUUCAAAUUUUUUAGUUCAACACCAUUCUUUGUAAGGCUGAGGUGCUUCAAAAUCAGAUGGAUCAAGAUUCUGAUAUUGAGUGAGUUAGACAGACAAUCAAACAAACCAAAUUUUUACCUUUUUUUUCAGUAAAGGUUGGUAAUGAGAUUUUUUGUUAUUUUUGGAAAAAAA